UUGGUCAGUGUAACGUCAGUAUGGAAGGUCGACCCGAAGGCGUCAUCUACUCUCCUGGGUACCCUGGAAGAUAUCCGGACGAUGCAAACUGUUGGUGGAAAGUUUCUGUACCGGGGGAUAAAGUCAUCAAAGUGACAUUUCUCCUUUUCGACCUUCGAAACGUAACGGAUAGUCUCGAACUAAUAGAUGGAAACGACCGAACCGGAAGGCCUCUCACAGCCCCACUGACAGGGAGGAAGAUCCCUCCGCGCAGCAACGCAUCUUCGUCUAACGUCAUUUGGAUUAACUUCCAAUCAGACAAUAUGCAACGUGGUAGAGGGUUUAUCCUGAAAUAUGAAGCUAUCGGGCACUGUGGCAAAAUCAGCUUGAACGACGGCCGGGGAACAGUGUCACCGGACCACAACGGUUACUUUGGCAUCGGGGAAACGGCGAGGAUUGAUUGUGAUACCAGUGGUGAGACAUGGAGUCUGGUGGUGGAAUGUCUGGGUACGGGGCAGUUUAACGUGACUCAUCCCUACUGUAAAGAAGCGCCUCCUGGCGGCGGCACACUGCCUAUCGCCAUCGGGGCUGCAGUGGGCGGGGUUGUGCUUCUGGCAGCUGCCAUAGCAACGGUUGUUAUAGUGAUGAAAAGGAAAAGAAGGUAG